AUGGUUCAGGAAAGUACUAUGAUUUGUGUGGACAAUUCUGAAUGGAUGCGCAACGGAGACUUCGUUCCGACUCGGCUGCAGUGCCAGCAGGACGCCGCGAAUCUGAUUCUGCAGUGCAAGCUGCGUGCCAAUCCGGAGAAUGCAGUGGGGCUUCUUUCAAUGGCUAAUCAAGUUCAAGUUCUGUCAACUAUGACACAGGAAAGUGGACGACUUUUCAUGAAGCUGCAUCAGUUGGAACCUCAGGGAGUAUGCAACUUCAUGUCAGCCAUUAAAAUAGCUCAUUUGGCGUUGAAACAUCGUCAGAAUCGUAAUCAUAAGAUGCGCAUCGUAAUGUUUAUUGGUAGUCCGAUUGAUAAUCUCGAUUCUACUGAGCUAACAAAAAUCGCAAAGAAAUUGAAAAAGGAGAAGGUUCAAUGCGAUGUCAUCUGUUUCGGUGAAGCCGAUUCGGAAAAUAGUCAAAUAAUGGGCCAAUUUGUGGACACUUUGAACGGCAAAGAAGGCAGCGGUUCAAAUCUUCUUGUAGUACCAGCAGGAUCAGUGCUCACUGAGGCAUUGAUCUCGUCUGCUGUUUGUCGUGGAGAGGAUGGAGGUAAUGCACCAGUAGUUGGCGCUGGAGGCGGUUUCGAGUUUGGAGUUGACCCUGAAGACGAUCCUGAUCUUGCUCUGGCACUGCGUGUUUCUAUGGAAGAAGAAAGAGCUCGACAAGCUGCCGAAGCUGCUGCGGCUGCCGCUGCAAGUGGAACCGCUGCAGCUGAGCCUGCAGGAGGAUCUGAACAGGCACAGAAUGUUGACGUCAUGGAUAUGGAAAUGGGGGAAAUGACAGAAGAGCAGCAGUUGGAAUGGGCGUUGCGCAUGUCCAUGCAAGAUUCUGUGCCAGCUCCAGCUGCUCAACCACAACCGGCGCAAUCUGCAGAGGAGGUCAUGGAUGUGAGCACUGCGCAAGUGGAUAAUCUCGAUGAAUUGAUCAAUAAUCCAGAACUGCUACGGCAAAUCAUUGACGAUCUUCCUGGCGGUGAAAAGAAGAGUGAAGAAGAGAAACCGAAAAGCGAAGAAAAGUAG